GAGAGUGGCACAACAGCUGGCAGGUGGCUGCCAUGGCAGCAGAGGCACACCUCAUCCUCAAGGAUGUCCAUCCUUUUGAAAAGGAGAAAUACCAGAGCUAUAAGUGCACUGGAUACAGGUAAGGUGUGAAGGUGAGUGUGACAGGGUAUGAAUAUGUAAAAGCCUUUUGCGUCCCUGGCUGUGUGUUUUGGUGCGUGAUUGUGUGCAGACACUCUAAUGGUUUGUUCCUUCUGUUGUGCAGGAGCCAGGAUAAAGGCUUUCAUGUGGAGAAAGGUUUACUUCACGUGUUUACUCGCAGCCUCCCCUACAGCCCCACUGAGAUACUAACGGUUGAGGAGGCUGUUGAUGGGGACCAGGUUCUGUACAACAUGCCAGCCGAGCUUAGUGAUUGUGUAUUCAGGGGAUUUCUCUGCUCGGGUUCUGUCCACCCUGUCAGGUUGGUGCAAGAUUUUCUUCUCAAAGGACUGGCGGAGAAGUGGUCUGUCUCCAUGACGACAGAGACCGUUCCCUUCCUCCUCAAAGCCAAACAGCUGCAGGCGUUCGGCUGCGACGUUGACUCGGCAGACUGCUACUGGAUCCACCUGCUUCAGAAAGACGUCAUAUCUGAAAAUGAUACCUCGACAGACAAAGAAAGAGACACACAAGAGACUCUGGCACGUCUCUCCUUGGAUAAAGUGGACAGGGUGAGGAGUAAAGGAGCUGAGAGCCUACGCUCUGCAUGCUUAAUUGAUAUUGACCCUGAAGGGGAAAGUGGCCUUUAUAUGCUCCGUCCGUCACUGCUCUCCAAGAUGGAGGAGCUUCUGACUAAAAAGGAAGCGUAUGCAGCGUGGCACGGGGUGGACGAGAGAAAUAAUGAAAGCGUUGAGGUCGAAGGACAUAAGAAGGACGGGCCUCUUGGGGGCCGUAACGGUGUCCCCAGCUUGUUUGGCAUUAGCGGCCUAGUGUUUAAGAACGUGCCCGUCAACCUCUGGAAUCUGCCGGCCUUUCAUGAGCUCCUCCUCGGGGGGGUUUUCCCCUCGGCAAGUGAGCCAAUCAGAUUGAUUGGGCAGAGGCUGGAAACUCUGCUGGCGCCCUACGGGGUCUCCUUAGUCACCGAACAGGGGUGUCUGCGUUUGACCGCACUGCAAAAGGGAUUGGUUGGUAAAGUGUGUGCAGGCAAUGCAGGUGACGGCAUUAGCAGUGUCCGUGUCACCGUGUCCCUUAAUCUGGACCUUCUCUCCGUGCUGUUGUUCUCGCUGCCCGACUGGCGGCUGCUGUGGUCCCACGACCCGCGCUUUCUACAGCAGUUUGAGCUGCGCCCGCCGCCAGGGAAACCUUUCCAACCGUUCUCCCUGUUCCCCGAGCACUUCAGCUUCGACAUUAGCUUCUGGACAGGGCCGACGUGGGCUGAGAGGAAGUUCCACGCCGCCAUCCGAGAGGCCAGUCACGGGACCGUGGAGCAAGUCAAACUCGUGGACACGUUCUCGCAUCCUGACCUCAGCCAGACCAGUUACUGCUACAGACUCAUCUACCACUCAAACACACAUGCUCUGUCACACACACAAGCUCUGCAGUUUCAUAAAGACCUAGAAACCUUUCUUACCUCUCGGUUGCAAGUCACUAUCAGGUAGUGACAUUUUAAUCUUAAAGAGGACCUGAGGCUCUUUUUGUCUGUUUGUACGUACUGCGGACUUCAUAAGCAUAUAGAUUGUGGAACAGUGUCUACAGUGGUUGGUGCAUUGUGCGCUGUAGUUUUCCAUUGAACAGGUGUUUCUCUGCAUCUGUGAUUAACGUAUCAUUCAAUAAAUAUGUUAUCAGAAUUAUCUUAAUUGGAAAGGUAUGAGAUCACAAACCACGUUUUCUGGUUGGUGCUUUCUGUAAAUUGCAUAAUGUUGUUUUUGUUCAUGUUUUAAUUCGUAAAUUAAACUAUAACAGUUAAAA